CAUGCAACCAGGACCCUCGAUUUCAAACGAAGAAGGUGGGACCUGAAAUCGAAACUCAAAAGCUUGACAUGUUUUUAAUUUAGCCACCUUCUCUUAAUUAUCCAGACAUGAAGAUUGUCCGUACAGUGAUGCGCGCGAAUUUGGUUGUGAUGUGAUCGUUUAUGUUAUGACGUCGUUUAUCUCUGCCAUUUUUUCCCCCCAUUUCCAUCUCUCCUCUCCUUCCGUCAACCCAAAAUGCGCUAUCCCCCGUUUUCUCAGCUCCUUCAAGCGUUAUGGAUGGCAAAUGCUGACAAAGGGAACAACCGAAAGAAGAAAAAGAUCUGUUAUUUCUGUGAUGUUUUCGGAGUAGUUUUCUGUAAUGACCAGAAAAAGAAGGCAGAGUAGAAGGAAAAGGUUCCUUCUUAGUCUUGAGAGGGCGACUGAAGAUUUCCUGAACCAUAUUCUGCAGGAGAAGCCCCGGGUUCUAUUGUUUAUUCCUCUCAUAUUGAUUGUUUGGGCAAUUGAGAGAUGGCUAUUCUCUUUAGCCACUUGGAUUCCGCUUGCACUCGCUGUAUGCGCCACUAGACAGUAUGGGAUUUAUCAAUGCAAACUACUUGCGGAGGAAUUGAAUAAUAAAUGGAAGCGAGUCGUUCUGAAUACCUCGCCCAUCACACCAUUUGAGCCCUGUGAGUGGCUGAAUAAGCUGUUGACACAAGUUUGGUUCAACUAUUACAACCCAAAGCUUUCAAGAAGGCUAUCAGCUAUAUUCGAGAAACGCUUAAAGCUCCGGAAACCAGGACUUAUUGAAAGAAUUCAGCUGCAGGAGUUUUCACUUGGAACAUGCCCUCCUAGCUUGGGUCUUCGGGGGAUCCGCUGGUCAACUUCUGGAGACCAGCGAAUAUUGCAAAUGGGUCUUGAUUGGGACACAAAUGAAAUGAGUAUUUUGAUGCUGGUCAAGCUUGCAAAGCCAUUAAUGGGAACUGCCCGGAUUGUGAUCAACAGUCUUCAUAUUAAGGGUGACCUUCUUUCUAUGCCAAUUCUAGAUGGUAAAGCACUUCUGUAUUCAUUUGUGUCAACUCCUGAGGUGAGAAUAGGAGUUGCCUUUGGAAGCGGUGGAAGCCAAUCACUUCCUGCCACCGUGUUGCCUGGUGUUUCUUCUUGGCUGGUUAAACUUUUUACCGAAACCUUAUUCAAAACAAUGGUAGAACCUCGCCGCCGAUGUUUGUAUUUGCCUGUUGUAGAUUUUAGGAGAAAGGCAGUAGGAGGCAUUGUAUAUGUUACUGUGAUUUCGGCAAAUAAACUUUCCAGGAGUUGCUUCAAGGGAAGGCAACAAGAUGGUUCAAGCAAUGGCCCUUUGGAUGCCAACUUGGAUGAAAAAGACCUACAGACAUUUGUGGAGGUAGAACUUGAGGAAUUAACUAGGAGAACAGAUGUCAGACUGGGAUCAACUCCUAGAUGGGAUGCAGCAUUUAAUAUGGUUUUACAUGAUAGUACAGGAACUCUUCGUUUUAAUCUUUACGAGUGUCCUCCUAGCAGUGUGAAGUAUGACUAUUUGAGCACUUGUGAGAUCAAGAUGAGGCAUGUUGAAGACGACUCAACAGUAAUUUGGGCAAUAGGACCUGAUUCUGGUAUUAUAGCAAAGCAUGCAGAGUGUUCAGGAGAAGAGGUUGAAGUAGUUGUUCCAUUCGAGGGGGUCAGCUCCGGAGAGUUGAAGGUGAGAAUUAUAGUAAAAGAGUGGCAAUUCUCUGAUGGUUCACAUAGUUUGAACAACUUCCGUAUCAACUCUCAGCAUUCACUUAAUGGGUCAUCACAACUUCUGUCAAGAACCGGAAGGAAACUUAACAUAACUGUCGUGGAAGGAAAGAAUUUUGCUGUGAAAGACAAAUCUGGAAAGUUUGAACCCUACGUUAAAUUGCAGUAUGGAAAGAAUGUCCAAAGAACAAGGACUUCUCAUACCUCAAGUCCUAUCUGGAAUCAUAAGUUUGAGUUUGAUGAGAUUGGUGGGGGCGAACACCUGAGAUUAAAAUGCUUCAGUGAUGAAAUUUUUGGAGAUGAAAACAUUGGUAGUGCUAUUGUAAAUUUGGAAGGAUUGGUGGAAGGGAAUGUAAGGGAUGUGUGGAUCCCUCUUGAAAGAGUGAGUUCUGGAGAAGUAAGACUUCAAAUAGCUGUUAUGGUGGAUGAUAAAAAAGGCUCAAGGGGUUCAGGUCUGGGCUCAGAGCAUGGUUGGAUUGAACUUGAUCUGGUAGAAGCAAGGGAUCUAAUUGGUGUCGAUCUCAGAGGGACGAGUGACCCAUACGUGAGGGUAAACUAUGGACAGUUGAAGAAAAAGACCAAGGUCAUACACAAAACUCUUAAUCCUCAAUGGAACCAGACAUUAGAGUUCCCGGAUGACGGGAGUCGCCUUGUACUGCACGUGAAGGACCAUAAUUCAUUGCUUCCGACACAGAGCCUUGGUGAAUGUGUAGUGGACUAUCAGAGGUUGCCUCCAAACCAGAUGGCCGACAAAUGGAUCCCUCUCCAAGGGGUUAAAAGGGGUGAGAUUCACGUUCGAAUUACCAGGAAAGUUCCAGAAAUGCGCAAGAGACCUUCUUUAGACUCUGCUCCUUCCUUGAGUAAACUACACCAAAUUCCUGCCCAGAUAAAACAGAUGAUAAUCAAGUUUCGAGGUUUAAUAGAGGAUGGAAAUCUUGAAGAAGUAUCUGCAAGUUUGAGCGAGCUUGAAAAUCUAGAAGAUAUACAGAAAGGGUAUAUAGUGCAGCUGGAGACAGAGCAAAUGGUUCUUCUACGCAAAAUAAAGGAGCUGGGUCUGGAGAUCAGUAAUGGCAAUGGCAAUUCUACCUCCACCCUGAGCAGAAGAUCUUCUAGUCUUCGAUAAUUUUUCACCUGACACAGACAGUUCUUGUGCAUGUUUCUCACACCACCAAGUCGUCUUCUUAUGGUUGCAUUGCAUCUCAUAUAGCAAUUAAUUGUACAUGUUUGUUUGAUCAGUUUUUUAAGCUAGAACAAGAUCCCUUUGUUGGAAGAGGGAUGAAGCAGUGUUCACUCUCUCACAAGCGUAUAUAGUAUAUUCUCCGGUAUUUCCUUUGAAUUUUGAAGAAGUAAGUGAAAAUUAACUUGUUAGUAUCAAUGGAACGAACUUGCCUA